CCAGGACGACAGGAGGGAGCCACUGGGGCCUAAAUGGUUAAUGAGCGUGGGUCAGCCCCAGUCACACAGCCCCAGCAACCCAUUUAGGACUUCAAAGGUCAUAACGACCUCAAAGGGAGAAAUAUCCUAGGAGGAUAACCAAGCGUGGCUAUGGCAUCCAACAGCCUAUUCAGUUCGGUGACUCCAUGUCAGCAGAACUUCUUCUGGGAUCCCAGCACAAGUCGGAGGUUCAGUCCGCCGUCCAACAGUCUUCAAACAGUCCCCGGGAAAAUGAACGAUGUGAACACAGCCACGACUCAGCAAGACGGGACCUCAGCUGUGCCGAGACUUCGGCCCCACGACAAUCGGACGAUGGUAGAGAUCAUCGCGGAUCACCCCGCAGAACUUGUUCGGACGGAUAGUCCAAACUUCCUUUGCUCCGUAUUGCCAUCGCACUGGAGGUGUAAUAAAACUUUGCCUGUUGCUUUUAAGGUUGUAGCAUUAGGGGAUGUGCCUGAUGGGACAGUUGUCACAGUUAUGGCAGGGAAUGACGAGAACUAUUCGGCAGAGCUCCGCAACGCUUCAGCUGUCAUGAAGAAUCAAGUCGCUCGAUUUAAUGACCUGAGAUUCGUGGGCAGGAGUGGUCGAGGCAAGAGCUUCACGCUGACAAUCACAGUAUUCACGAACCCACCCCAAGUGGCCACUUACCACCGAGCCAUAAAGGUCACCGUGGACGGCCCGCGGGAGCCUAGACGACACAGACAGAAGCUGGAGGACCCACCAAAGGCCGGCUUGUUUUCGGAGCGCCUGAGCGAGCUAGAGCGCCUCCGACAGACCACUAUGAGGGUCGCCGUGCCAACGCAGAGUCCACGGCCAUCACUCAACACCACGGCCAACUCCUUCAACCCACAGGGUCAGAAUCAGAUCUCAGACCCUAGGCAAUCGCAGUCCUCUCCGCCCUGGUCCUACGAGCAGCCGUACACCCCUUACCUGAGCCAAAUGACCUCGCCUUCUAUUCACUCCACCACGCCCCUGUCUGCCACCCGAGCUACCGGCCUGCCCGCCAUCAGCGAUGUGCCAAGACGGCUCUCAGGUACCUCUGAUCUGAGCCCAUUCUCUGCUGACCCACGCCAGUUUGAGCGUCAGUUCCCUGGUCUCUCCUCGCUGACCGAGAGCCGCUUCUCCAGCCCUAGGAUGCACUACCCGGCCACAUUCACCUACACGCCCACCCCGGUCACCUCGGGCAUGUCCCUGGGCAUGUCCACCACCACCCACUACCACACCUACCUGCCUCCGCCAUACCCGGGCUCCACGCAGAACCAAACCGGGCCGUUCCAGACCAGCAGCACUCCCUACCUGUACUACGGCGCCUCGUCCGGCUCCUACCAGUUCUCCAUGGUCCCGGGGGGUGACCGCUCUCCGUCCAGGAUGCUCCCGCCGUGCACAAGCGCGUCCACAGGUAGCUCGCUCAUCAAUCCCAACCUCCCCAACCAGACGGACGGAGGCGAGGCAGACGGGAGCCACAGCAGCUCCCCCACAGUGCUCAACUCCAGCGGCAGGAUGGAUGAGUCUGUGUGGCGGCCAUAUUGAGAGACACCAAAUAUUUUAGAACGCAAUGGAAAAAAAAAAUAGACCUGUUCACUGAGCACUGUUUGCCUUGAAGUAAAACAAGAGCGUUUUUGGCUUUAAGUGGCUUCAACAAGUUGUUCAGAAUAUCCCUGAAGUACAAUCGUUUGUGUCAAAACUUCAGUUUUAAAUACUCUUCUUGGCAGAAACAUCAGUGUGUUAUUUACUAUUACACUGUUGUCAUAUAUUUCUAAAUCCUGUUUUCAACAAAUAUUUAUCCACAAAGGUACCAGCUUUUGAUGCAUCCCUGAGGAAAGAAGGGAACCAUUCAAGGCAUUACAGUAUAUAGAUAAACCUGACAUUCCACUGCAGAACCAGUGAUAGCUGCACAGUCAGUCACUGAAUUACUGAACUGACGUAAAUAAUGUUUAUUACGUGAAUAUAAUUUUUUAUUUGACUAUUGGCUGAGUAUAUUUUUGGUACUAACUAAAUUUAUUUUGCAUUUUUCACACUGAAUGCCUGUUUCUUUGAUAUUUAUGCAAGUGAGAGAGGAUAAGUUAUGCUCACCAGUACCGGCAUUAAGUAACUGUGCUCAUUCUCUCUAAUUGUUUUAAUUUAAAAGUAAAAUUGUAGCAGGAAUGGUACUGUUUGAAAAGCAAUUUAAUAAAGCCAUAGCGAUCUUUAAAUUAUGCAAUGUUUUGGAAUGAAACUGGGUUUUUGUGGACACUUAAUAAAUGUUAUUAUAUGGAACCUCUCAUAAUAACUUAAUUACCUAUUCUCUUUUGUAAUUUAAAAAAGCAGUUUUAUUGUAAAAUAACCAAAUAUGCUGAGGUACAUAAGCAAUGAAGGUCAGAGAAAUAGAUGUCAGACUGUUUGCAAGUGAAAUACUUUAUUUAUGGGGUUUGUUUGAAACUCAAAGUCUGAUCAUCUAAUCUUUAAUAAGAUAAUGAUAAUGAAUGAUCAUUAGAUAAUGAUCUUAAUCCUCACCUGAUAUAUGUUCAAAAUAACCUUGAGACUACACUGAGUGAUGCAUAUCAUGUCAAUGAAACAACGACCAACUUAACCAAGGAAUGGCUCUUCCAUGAUGAUGAAAUUAAUAUAUGCAGUUUUGUGAAUGGAGAAGACCUAGUCUACCCUCCGCUCUCUGUCCAAGUUUGUUAUUGUAUGUGUCUGUCAAUUUAAUUUAUUCUGAAUCUCUUUUUCAUGUCCUUGAGUGACUAUAAACAUGACCAAAAAAUGCUUAUUCAGCUGUUGCCUCAGCCUUUUCCCCAGUGUAUGUACAAUUGACAAUUGGCUUGUAGGUCGGCUACUGUAUAGUCACCACUGAUACAGUGCAUUGCUGUAGGAUAACUUAGCAGACCAGUGCGUGAUGCAUGUAAAGCGGUAAACUGCUCCUUCCAGCACUUCAGGUUUCACCAGCAUUGAUUGCUCCUCACGUGCCCACUUCAGUCAUGUCAUGUCCUGGGCUGCCCUUAAACUGGAAGACCGGACACUGACGCCUCAGACUUACCGUUUAAACACUAGAAAACUCUCACUUUAUUUGAAGUCAUUGUGCAGUGAAUGCUGUGUUUGGUCACUACGGCUGUGUCCUGCUUUUUUUCUUUCAUGCCCUCUGUUUGUGUACUUGUUUAUGAUCUGAUCAGAUAACUGAUUGAGUUGUUUGUGAGUUUAAUCAAGGACUAAACAAUUCAGUUUGAUUAAAGUGUAUCAGCACUUAAACAUUCUGUGGGAGAAGAAUGCUUGGUAGGGGACAGCGGAGUGCCGAAAUCUCAAUUCAUUACCUGUAGUUGCUUAUGAACAAUACUGAACACAGGCUCAUUAAGGUACGCAAAUACCUUUCCCACUGUCUGCAGGACAGUAUGGAUGUGCAAGAAUUUUAGUGUUCAAGUUCAGGCACGUAAACAAUCUUCCUAAAGAUAAUAUGUGAUACCAAAGAUGAUCCUGCUUUGGACAAAACGGCAUAGUCCAUUUUAAGUCUUUUUGACUUUGGGCUGUGAAGGGUCAAGGGGUGAAUUCUGUUUAUAUAACAAACAUUAAAAAAGUCAAGUGGUACUUUAUGAAAUGUUUACUGAAAUGCUAUGUAAAAGGCUGCAGGCAGCAUGCUGAGAAAACCCUUGUGAGUUUGAUUUCUUUGUUUUGCGUGGACAAAAGCACUUCAACUUGUUCUUUGUUUGUUUGUUUGUUUGUUGUCUUUACUUUUGCUCGACUGGCUUAGGUUCAUUUUACAGUUGAAUGAAGCAUAAAGAUCCAUUGGAUGAAAGGGAAGCCCCCUCUGGCGAGGUUUUUUAAAGGUUAGGGGAUAUGAUAAUCAUGAUAACACUAGAUGGCAGCACUAAGGGGGAAUGUACACACCCCUUCCAGUCCAUUAGGCAACCUCCUAAUCAGAGGCCUGAUUUCACACACUCAGCUAUUAUAUCAGGAGCGAUCAUGACAUAUGACAGAUGACAUUGGAAUGAUCUGGCUUUAAACUGAAAAGAAACCAAAGGAAAAUUGUAGAUUGUUUUUUCCUACAGUCUGUACAUGCAACCAUGGUUUCAAGACAGUAUUACUAAAUAGCUGUGUUUGUGUGUUUGUGAGCUUAUGUCUGUGUUGCUUAUUGUAAUGAUAAGUACUCUACAACUCUCCCAGGCUUUGAAGCUCUGUUACAUUUCAUAUGUUUGAUAACAUGAUAUCCUUCGGCUGUGAGAAGAGAAAAUCUGUUUACAAAAUGUUUACAAAGCUGCAAGCAAUCUUAGCAAGCCCAUGCACUGUCUAACUUUUUUAAUAUGGGGAGGGGGAUUUUUAAACAAAAAACAAUACAAUGAGGAAAGACUUUUAAAGUGAAUUGCCCAGUGACAAUCAUUGUGAUUGUAUAGGAAACAUGUCAACACAGUUGAAGAAAACAGAGCAGUCAUUGACAUUAGAUGACACAUGUGACGUUUGGACCUCAAAUUGCCAAUACAAAAAUGUUGAGCAGGAUAUGUUGAAGAUCUUUUCUCUUUAUCAUUUUAUCAUCAUGCUAGAUAUGUCUCUGAGUGUAGUCCUGUUAUAUUAAUUCCCCUACGAGUCCGAGUAGUUUUCUUGAUGUUUCAAUAUGACUAUGGUUUGUGUCCAUGAUGUUUUCUAGCUGCAAGGAGAGAACCAGUGGAGUUCCAUAUGCAUCACCCUUAGUCAACAAGCAAUGCUUUCCAUGCACAUACUGUACAGUUCUUGUUUUGUUUGUCAUUUGUCAGUUAUUUAGUUUUUCUCAAACAUCAUGGUGAAAAAAGGCUUUUUCCCCUUUCCCCAACGUUAUGAGGGUCUAACAGUCCUAAAGAAAUUGAUUGUCCAGCAUUUCUAAUGAUUGUAUCAUUUGGUCUUUUUAGAAUAAACAUGACAUUUUGUUA